AGUAUUAAUCAAAACAUGCAGAAUCCAGACCUUACCUCCAAAACAGACAGAAUCAUGGACCGGUUCACCUUCAUAAAGGCAAUCAUGGUUGCAGACAAGGAAGACGGAGUUGAAAUAUUCGAAAAUAAGAGGCUUAACGAAGAAGAAGCAAUCAAUGACCUUGCAGGAGGGAUUUCAGCAGUCCGAUAUGCAAUGGCAGAUAUGUGCAAUACUAUUCUUGACCAAGAGGUUAAAAGCAUAGUCAUCAAAUUUGACAAACUCACUGUCUUCAAAAGGAUAUUAUACUCUAAUAUCAUCCUCAUAAUCAUAUGAGACACUAAGGGGUUGGAUAUUAGUGUUCUCUAUGACCUCGGAGAUGAGAUUGAGGAGAACUUCAAGAGCUUAAGCAAAAUCAUAGAUGAAAUAUAAACUCAUCUUCAAAUUAACCAAAGUAUUUAUCCCUAACUCUGUCCGUAU